GGAAGUAGCGCAGCCCAGCAGUCAUUUCAGGUCUGGUUGGGCAUCCGUGUAUUUUGUUCCCCGCAAACUAGGGUCUAUCCGCAGAAGCCAACGACACCGACGAGACUAAACUCGCUUCCGCGCAUUGCGUUCCGCUUUAGUAUCGGACUUGUUGUGUUUUGUUGGACAGAAAUGGGCCCUGGCUAAAUGUAGAACAUUCCAGAAGCACCGGAGACUGCGGGGGUUUCGAAUCCGGCCAGAAGGAGCGCAGCAGCCCGAGGCCGUGAAGGAGCUUAGCAGCAGCCGGGGAGAGUCCGCAAAGGAGUCGCCCGCUAUUGUGUCUUCGGGCGGAAUUACAACCAGUUCAGAGGUUCCCAUUCCGUGUCCAGCACCCUGAUUCUGUUCUGGGAGAGUUCAGACCAGUAUCAUCGCCAAGAUAGCCGGGCCAGGCAGGAAGAGGCACACCUCAGAUCCAGACCCCAGCAGCGGUAGUGAUUCUGGCGACGGGCGGCCUGUUAGCGCUAAGUGCCUGAAGAUGGCCAGCAGUGGAGGCGGCGGAGUUGCUGGUAGUGAGGCGGUGGGGCGUCGCAGUGGGCAUCAGCAAAGAGGCGGCAGCGGGAGGGAAAAUGGCUCAGAGCAGACUGCCAGCACCAGUAAGAAGAAACAAAAGGACAAGGCCAACCAGGAGAGCAGAGAGGCCAAGAGGGCUGCAGCAGCAGCCAGUGCAGCAGUGGAUGGGGUCCUAGCAGAAGUCAAGAAAGAUGUGUUUGUGGACUGGAAGCAGAACGUCAAUGAAGUGACUGUCAGACUGCGCUGUGGCGAGGGCGUACAGAAGAUGGAGGACAUCAACACCAUUUUUACGGACACACACUGCAAUGUGUCCUUCCCAGAUGGACGGCAGUGGAACUGUCAGUUGCAGGAGGAAAUUGAGGCCUCGUGUAGUAAAGCACAGUACAAGGAAAAAGGUGGAUUUCUGCAUCUCAUUAUGCACAAGAAGAUUCCUUUUCACAUUUGGCCUUCCCUAAAGUCAAACAAGAAGGAAAAGGAUGUGGCCCGUCCAGGUACCACAAAUGACACAAAACCUACCAUGAAGUCAUCAGAAAAACCCAAAUUUUCUUCAGAACCCCCACAACUACAGCCCCGGCCUCCCAGAUCACCUGCACACAGUGAACAAAGUCGCAGCAGUGGCAAGGCUGAGCGGGCUUUUAAGCGCUGCUUCAAGAACAAACCGAGUGAUAAGGCCUCUGCAGAGUCCGAACAGGGGAAAAAGGGUUCUGACGACGGCUCGGGCAUCAGCAACAUGCCUGGGGCAGCCCCAACAGGCCAGCAGCCAUCUCAGGAACACAGUACCAUAGAUACUACUACACAGCUGUCCAAGACAAGCAAAGAAACAGACAGGGAGCCAGCCUCUGCGAAAUCUGCCACAGCAAACGGUAAAACCCCCACCCCCCACCCAAGCUCUGGGCGGGGCCCCCCUUCACACAGAAAGGAUGACAACCGAGAACAGAGGCUAGGAGGAACACUUGACUCUGGACAGCUCAGGGUGGCCCCUGCCGACAGAGCUGAGGUGGAUGAGAAGAGAAGCCAGUCAUCAGAUGUGUCUGAAACAACAGAACCUGUGACUGCCAGCCAGCCAGCAGCUCCUGAAAUCCCCAGUUGCUUCCUGAACCCAGCUAACCCCAACAAGAACCUGGAUUCCUCUCCCCAAAAGCUGAGAAACAGGACAGACUCUGAGCCGCAGGGAAAACCUGUUGAGCAUGAAUCACAGCGGGACACGGCGAUAUCCCAGCAGCUUGGUAUAACCGAGACUCUGCCAGUACUGGCUGCCGGCGUGGCUAGCAGGCAGAGCCAACCAGCAAGUCCAGCUCAGAAGCCGGGCAGCAGUGACGGAGAGGAGAAACGGGACCAGUCGAAGGAAGAGCCCACUCUGGAGAUGAUGCAACAGGAAGCCCCAGAGCCGAUGGUUAACCUGCAGUUGGUGAAAAAUGACUCGUACGAGAAGGGCACAGAUCUGAUGGUGGUUAACGUCUACAUGAAGGGAAUCUGCCGGGACACGGCCAGGGUCAUCUUCAGAGAGCAGGACUUCACCCUCCUCUUCCAGACGAGUGACGCAAACUUUCUACGGCUUCAUUCAGACUGUGGUCCAAACACGGUCUUCAAGUGGCAAGUUAAACUCAGGAAUCUGAUCCAGCCUGAGCUGUGCAGCUACUCCUUCACCCCAUCCCGUCUGGACAUCAUCCUGAAGAAGAGACACAGCCAGCGCUGGGGCGGUCUGGAGGCCCCGGCCACACAAGGUCUGCUGCCAGGUGCAGUGGGUGGUGCCAAGGUGGCUGUGCCCUCCAGCCCUGCAUGCAUGGACAAAAGCCAGCCAGGCAACAGUCAGCACAGCCUCCCUGCCAAGGAGGAGUCUCCAAGGGUUGGAGAGGAACCAACCAAGGCUCCUAAGGGCUCUCCUAGAGGAGUGGAGGACGGUGGUCUGGAUACUGUUGCUCCUCGCUCUGUCUCUGAGCAUGUUAACAUCACUAAGGCAGAGCCCACAGUCACCACGCCUCAGCCCAAGCCGACUUGCAUGGUGCAGCCCAUGACGCAUGCACCUCCUGCCGCUAACGAGCGCCACGAGGAAGAGGAAGAGAAGAAGGUGUGCCUGCCUGGUUUCACAGGAUUGGUUAACCUUGGCAACACCUGCUUCAUGAACAGUGUCAUUCAGUCCCUGUCCAACACCAGAGAACUCAGGGAUUACUUUCAUGACCGAGCAUUUGAAGCAGAAAUCAACUGCAGUAAUCCUCUGGGCACGGGAGGCAGACUGGCCAUUGGCUUUGCUGUUCUUCUUCGGGCUCUUUGGAAAGGGACUCAUCAUGCCUUCCAACCUUCAAAAUUAAAGGCGAUUGUGGCCAGUAAAGCCAGUCAGUUCACAGGUUACGCUCAGCAUGACGCACAGGAGUUCAUGGCAUUCCUUUUGGAUGGACUCCAUGAGGACUUGAACCGGAUCCAGAAUAAACCCUACACAGAGACGGUCGACUCUGAUGGACGACUUGAUGAGGUGGUGGCAGAGGAGGCAUGGCAGAGGCACAAGAUGAGAAAUGACUCGUUUAUCGUGGACCUUUUCCAAGGCCAAUUUAAAUCUAAGCUAGUUUGCCCCACGUGCUCUAAGGUCUCCAUCACCUUUGAUCCCUUCCUCUACCUCCCCGUCCCGUUGCCACAGAAACAAAAAGUUCUCUCCGUUUUCUACUUUGCUAAGGAGCCACACAAAAAACCAAUCAAGUUUUUGGUUAGUGUGAGCAAGGACAACUCCAGCACUGCAGAGGUCCUGGACUCCAUCUCCAGGAGUGUGAGGGUCAAAUCUGAGAACCUCAGACUGGCAGAGGUGGCGAAAAAUCGCUUUCAGCGGAUAUUCCUGCCAUCCCAUUCUCUAGACACAGUGUCUCCUUCUGACAUGUUGUUCUGCUUUGAGGUGCUUUCCAAAGAUCUAGCCAAAGAAAGAGUUGUAUUGCUUAGAGUUCAGCAGAAACUCCAGGUGCCCAACAUCCCCAUCUCAAAGUGCGCUGCCUGCCUAAAACCACCAGUUUCUGAAGAAGACAAGCUGAAGCGGUGUACUCGCUGCUAUCGAGUGGGCUACUGCAAUCAACACUGUCAAAGGACCCACUGGCCCAAUCACAAGAGUCUGUGUCGCCCAAACUCUGAGAACGUAGGCCUGCCCUUCCUUGUUAGUGUGCCAGAGUCUCGGCUCUCCUACGCUCGCCUCGCCCAGCUGCUAGAGGGCUACUCAAGGUUUUCUGUAAAUGUGUUCCAGCCCCCUUUCCAGUCAGGCAGAACAUCUCCUGAAUCAUGCCAGUCUCGGUUAGAUGUGCCACCAAUGGCGGUCGGAUGUCCUGAGGGUCUGGGAUCUGGGGAUGAGGCCAUAGGGGGCAGCAGUACUGUAGAAGCAGGCGAUGCGGACUUGGACAGCCCCUCUCUCCCCCCUGAGCUCCAGGGAGAAUAUGCUCGUGCGUCAGCGAUCCAUUCCGAGGCGUCAGAUUCCCUCUUAUCCUCCCAAACGUCUCUCUCCACCACACGGACUAAAGAUUCAGGAUUCUCCGAGUCCAUCUCCUCCACUUUCUGCUGCUCUCUGGACCCUCAGGCUGAAAAAGAGACAUCCUGUGAGAAAGCGGUGCGACCAGAAGCUGCAGUGACAGGGUAUCAGCAACCCAAUGAGGCAGCAUCGGGUCAUGCUAGUCAGUUCUACAUAGGUCUGCUGGACUCUAACAACAAGGAGCAAAGGCUGGAUGAGAAAGAGGACGCUCUAGCAGACCUUCAAGACGAUGCAACCUUGGAGCUGGUGUGGAAAAACAACGAGCGUCUAAAGGAAUAUGUGCUGGUCAGCUCUAAGGAGCUGGAGUAUGAGGAGGACCCCAGCUCUCUGAGUGAGACGGCCAGAGCGGGACACUUCACCCUGGAGCAGUGCCUGAAUCUCUUCACCAAGCCAGAGGUGCUGGCCCCAGAGGAGGCCUGGUACUGUCCAAAGUGCCAGCAGCACCGAGAGGCAUCCAAGCAGCUUCUGCUGUGGCGUCUGCCAAACGUCUUGAUCAUCCAGCUCAAACGUUUCUCCUUCAGAAGCUUCAUUUGGAGAGACAAGAUCAACGACAUGGUCGACUUUCCUGUCAGGAAUCUAGAUCUGAGCAAGUUCUGCAUUGGCCAGAAGGACGAGAUGCAACAGCCUCCCAUCUAUGACCUCUAUGCAGUCAUCAACCACUAUGGAGGAAUGAUAGGAGGCCACUAUACAGCUUAUGCUCGCCUGCCAAGUGACAAGAACAGUCAGCGCAGUGAUGUUGGGUGGCGUUUGUUCGACGACAGCACUGUGACGAUGGUGGAGGAGAGUCAGGUGGUGACGCGCUACGCCUACGUCCUGUUCUACCGGCGCAGGAAUUCCCCCGUGGAGAGGCCGCCACGCUUCCCCUCUCCUGUCGGAGCGGAGUCGCCCAGCGCCGCCGGAGCCGCUGCCAGCCAGGCCUCUCUAAUAUGGCGGGAAUUGGAGGAGGAAGACGAGGGGCUUGAUGAAGGGCCUCGCAGACUGUUCCGCUCUGCGCUGCGGAGUCGACAAGCACAGAGGAACAGAGCUGAGGAUGACCGAACAGCCGACUCUGUGCGCCGCCGCCGCAGGCAGAAGAUGUCGGACUAUCCUGACGAAGACUGCGUGCGAUAUUUUGUUUUGGGCACACUUGCUGCAGUGAUCGCUCUCUUUGUUAACUUGCUUUAUCCCUUGCUUUACAAAAUCAAAUGGACCUGAGCACGGCCCAGUUCUGCAUUUGCUGGGCCAGACAUGCAUUACAAGGAUCAGACUGUUCAAGUAAAAGGACUUGAAGCUAUAGAAUAAAAAUAAGGUUUUCAUUAUGCUCACUUCUCAAAUAAGAUAAAUGGCAACAAAAUAAGUUUGAGCUAGUAAAACAGCGCCUAGCUCUCCAAAGCACAGCGCCACCAAUCUUUAUAACUAAGCGCUUUGAGGCUCCAGCGGUGCUACAUGCCUUCUGAAAUGAUCCUAUUGGACUAUGCUAGAUGGGUCAGCGACCAAUGGGAAGUAAAGUCUUACAGUUCAGGCCGUGGGACCUCUUUGCUCCAUCGCCCUGUUGUUUAGACCUGAGGUCAGCAGAUCUUUUUCUUUCUGGGCUCCAGUGUUCGAUUGUUGCCUGGAACAGAAAGCUGUGCAACGUAAGAGUUGAUCCAUAAUGGCUGACUGGGAAACAGUAGUUGGACAACACCGGAGGACUGGGACGGUGUUGGUCUUUGUUUGGUCAGGGACAUCAGCUCCAUCAAUCUAAGGACUGGGACUAAGGAAGCUAGUCCCAAGCUGCUGCUGAAGGAAAACCUUGUUAUGCACAAUGCUCCUGCAGUAAAACUACAAGCUGUCAGUGAGGGCAGUUAAACAGUGAUGCAUGUAUGAAAAUAUUUAUCAUAAAUCAUAGGCAGCCUUGUUUUUGUGUAACUCAUACAGUGGAUUUGGUUUAAAA